UUAACGCUGCCGGGCGGGGCUUAAGCGGCGGCUCCUGCGUGCGGCCCUCUCCACCCUAGCGCAGUCCCUGCAGCUCCGCCUGCGCCAAUCCUAGCCCGGGGUGUUCCGGGCCACGCUAAUCUUUGUCCUUGUCCCGGGAGUACCGCUCCCUCCCAGUCCGAGUCCAGCACCCCAGGCCCAAGGCCUUGGGAGCCCGCGCCCCGUGAGAAGGUGGUGCUUAAAGAACCCCGCGGCUCAGCGCCCCAACCCUGGGGCUCGGGGCGAGGAGGUGGGCGGAGCCCGGCUUUGGCGCGCAGCGCGACGCAGAGAGGCCCCCGCGGCCCUGCUCGCCUCCCCCUAAGGAGACCCCCGAGGCGCCACGCCGCGGACGCUCUUCAAGUCUUCGAUUUUUUUUAAAAAAAUGGCCUCCAAUAAAACUACAUUGCAAAAAAUGGGAAAGAAACAGAAUGGAAAGAGUAAAAAAGUUGAAGAGGCAGAGCCUGAAGAAUUUGUGGUAGAAAAAGUACUGGACCGGCGUGUAGUGAAUGGGAAGGUGGAGUAUUUCCUCAAGUGGAAGGGGUUCACAGAUGCUGAUAAUACUUGGGAACCAGAAGAAAAUUUAGAUUGUCCAGAAUUAAUUGAAGCAUUUCUUAAUUCUCAAAAAGCUGGUAAAGAAAAAGAUGGUACAAAAAGGAAAUCUUUAUCUGACAGUGAAUCUGAUGAUAGCAAAUCGAAGAAGAAAAGAGAUGCUGCCGACAAACCAAGGGGUUUUGCCAGAGGUCUUGAUCCUGAACGAAUAAUCGGUGCCACAGACAGCAGUGGAGAAUUAAUGUUUCUUAUGAAAUGGAAGGACUCAGAUGAGGCGGACUUGGUGCUGGCAAAGGAGGCGAAUAUGAAGUGUCCUCAGAUUGUCAUCGCCUUUUAUGAGGAAAGGCUGACUUGGCAUUCUUGUCCAGAAGACGAAGCUCAAUAAUUGUUUGAAUUUUUAUAUAUAUUUAUAUAUAUAUAAAAUCUGGAUCUUGAGUUUUGAAUUACUAGUGUGGAAAAAAUAGCGUUCUAAUGAAAAUCGAGUUUGAUAUGCUGGUUUUGAAAGUAUUGACAGUAGUUGGGAUAUUUUUGGUUUUUGUUCUGCAUCAAAAGGCACUGAUUCCUUUGAGCAAAUAAAAGCUUUCUGUAGUUGCUUCUUUUAACAGUAGAAUGUUUGAUACCGUGUUGUAUUUCCUCGGCUUGAAGAACAGCUUUUCUUAAAUGCUGGGGAGAUUUUACAGUCAUUACUCAAUCAGAACUUAUUUUUAACUGGGACACAGAAGGACCAUUCUGGUUUUUUGUUUGUAAGCUUGUGUGUGCAUAAGACCCUUAUGUAACUGUUUUUCAUUUUGUCUUGUUUUUAAUACUCAAAAACUGUAGAUGAAAACAUGUGUUGAGAUUCCUCCCUUGUGAACAUUUUCCUGAAACCAUAACCUUUCAGAUCAAGUAGACAGUUCUGUAAUUUACUGGAUAGUUUUAAAGCAACCACAUCAGAAUUUAUUAUCACAUACAGUAGUUUGUUUACAAAAUUUUGUCCUUACAAACUACCCCUUCAGAAAAUGGAAUUAGACAAAGUAGCACUAUGACUUAAUAAUAACAAGACUUAUGCUGGGUGUAGUGGCAUGUGCCUUUAAUCCCAGUCCUUUGGAGGCAGAUGGGUCUCUGAUUUAGACUAAAUCAGCUGGGUCUAUUGAGUUUCAGGUCAGCCAGGGCUAUACAGAGAAUCCCUGUCUCUAAAAACUAAGUAAAAAGACAACUGGGCAUGUAAGGUUCCUCUAGUGAACCAUUCCUUUGUAGAAAGUUGAAAUCUACUAAAAGGUUAUGAUGUGUGGAAUAUCUGUUUGCUGUGGAAAUAGAAUCAUGGUUAGAGAUGAUGUUGGCAAUUUCAGACCUGCUGACAUAAAUGAACAAAAUCUGGUAAUAUAAACUAAUGACUUGCAUGCUUUUUCUUUGCCCUGUCUCAUUCCUUACUGGUAGGAUCAAUCUUUUCAGUAUUUGGGUUCUGGUUCAAUGAGCCAGAAAAGUAACUGUAGUAUCAGGAUGUCAUCCAACUGUAUGUUUACUUUAUUGUAAAUAAUGGUGAACAGUGGUCAAUAAAUAGUUUUAUAUU